CGGACCGUGUCCGCCCACACUGGAAAAUGAAAAAUCGGAGUUUCAGUCAUUCUUGAAAUCCGCCAACUUCACUCUGCUGUCUGCGUUAUCUGAGUACGCCUUCUCUCCCUCUUCCUCUCUCUCUAUCUAUCUAUCUAGAACAUAGAUUCUAGGGUUUUUUCCAGAGGAAAAAAAGAGGAAUUCUCCAGCGGUGAGGGAAUUGGGAAACAUGGCCUCCAAUCCCGCUAAUCUGUGGGUGCUACUGGGGCUGGGUCUCGCCGGGAUUCUCUUAAUGACGAGGAAAAUGAAGAAAGCGACGAGGGAAAAUUUUGGCGCCUUUGUCGAGAAGCUUCUGCUCCUUCCUCCGCCGCAGCCUGCUCCUCCAAAAGCUCCUCAUCUCCUCACUGGCCUCACCUUCGCCGUCUCUGAUAUAUUUGACAUUGAAGGAUAUGUGACUGGAUUUGGUCAUCCAGAUUGGGUGAGGACACAUGAGGCAGCUUCUCGGACAUCUCCUGUAGUUUCAGUUCUUGUUGAAGGUGGUGCCACUUGCAUUGGGAAAACAGUUGUGGAUGAACUGGCUUAUAGUAUCAAUGGAGAAAAUAAGCAUUAUGGUACACCAAACAAUCCUGCAGCAAGUGCAUGUGUACCUGGUGGAUCCUCGAGUGGAGCUGCUGUUGCUGUAGCUGCUAAUCUUGUUGACUUCUCUUUAGGUGCUGAUUCUGUUGGUGGUGUUAGAGUACCUGCUGGCUUUUGUGGCAUUAUAGGAUUCCGACCCUCAUAUGGCACCAUCCCUCUCUUUGGGGUUUUACCUGUUUCAGCAAGUCUGGACACUGUUGGAUGGUUUGCUAAGGAUCCAAAUGUUAUGCGUCGUGUUGGACAUUUGCUCUUGCAGCUGCCUUUUGGAAUUCAACGAAAUCCAAGGCAAAUUAUAAUAUCUGAUGAUUGUUUUCAACUAUUAAAGAUUCCCAUUGACAGGGUUGUGCAGGCGGUGAUUAAAUCCACCGAGAAGCUUUUUGGAAGACAAGUAUUGAGGCAUGAAAAUCUUGAUGAUAUUCUCUUUUCUAAAGUUCCAAGCUUAAAACAGUUCCAUGACAAAAAAACAAAUGGUGAACUCAGAAAUUCUUCAAUAAAAUUGCUUGCAAAUAUUUUGCAGCUUUUACAUAGAUAUGAAUUCAGAUGUAAUCAUGAGGAAUGGAUUAAUGUGGAGAAGCCUAAUCUUGAUCAUCAUAACUCUGCACAGAUAAAUGAAGUCCUAGAGAUAACAGAUAAGGAUAUUGAAAUUUGUAAAUCCAUCAGAAAUGAAAUGCGUGCAGCCAUUGACUCACUUCUGAAGGAUGAUGGAAUUCUGGCUAUCCCUACAACUGCUUAUCUUCCCCCAAAACUCGGUGCAAAAGAGAUGUUUUCAGAGGACUACCAGAUUCGUUCAUUUAGUCUGUUGAGUAUCGCAAGCCUAUCAGGUUGCUGUCAGGUGACUAUUCCGCUUGGACAUUAUGAGAAGCGACCUGUUUCAGUAUCCUUUAUAGCCAGGCAUGGGGGUGAUCGCUUUUUGCUGGAUACUGUACAUAACAUGUAUGCAUCUCUGCAAGAGCAGGUUGGUAUGCUUGCCAAGUCCAAAUUAUCUCCUAAUGUGGACAGUAAGGAAAGAACUGCUGACAUGGCUAAAGAAAAGGGCAACCAAGCUUUCAAAGAUAAGCAGUGGCAGAAGGCUAUCAGCUAUUAUACUGAAGCUAUCAGACUCAAUAGCAAGAAUGCAACAUAUUAUAGUAACAGAGCUGCAGCAUAUCUUGAACUUGGGAGUUUCCUUCAAGCUGAGGCUGAUUGUACCGAAGCUAUCAACCUUGAUAAGAAGAAUGUGAAGGCCUAUUUACGCAGAGGCACAGCAAGAGAGAUGCUUGGUUAUUAUAAGGAGGCAAUUGAAGAUUUUAAAUAUGCUCUGGUGCUUGAGCCAACUAAUAAAAGAGCAGCCGUUUCUGCUGAAAGAUUACGGAAGGUGUUUCAAUAGGAGAUCAAAGUGAAUGCAUCUGUCGAGGAAUGACAAAGUAUCCAAUUUAUCAUUUUUUCAUAAAAGCCUCAUUAACUUCUCUGCAGCAGAUGACACAGUUAAACAGUUUGAUGAGUGUUGCUUCUCAGUUAUCUUACACACAAAAAAUGGCUUGAAGAAUGCUUUGCAAGUAGAGAAGGGAUGGUAAUCCUUCUUCAUGGAAGCUCUGAAGAGUGAGGGUUUUUUUUUUGUGGCAAUCAGUUUAGCAUAAGUGGGUAAUUAUCACUGUUGUCAGCAUUGGUAAUUAUGUUGCAAUUUUGUUCAUUUUAAUAUUUUAUGAAAGGGUUGUAAUUUUAGUUUUGAGGUGGUUUAAUAUAUAUUUGACCUAGAAUUGAUCAAAA